UAGGAGAAAAAAGCUUCACAAGUUGAGGCGCUUCGGUCUUUCUAAAGGCCAAAUUGCUUUGUUUUUCUUUGUCUCAGAUGAUUUGAGUCUUGGUAUUGACCCGAAGAUAUUUACGUUGUUCUGAAGAUCAACUAGUCAAGCAACACCAUGUUGUCGGAUUUGAGUGGACCUACUAAUGGUUUUGGACUUCGUUUCUUGGAACAAUUAAACACCAGUGAUUCGAAUAAAAAUGUCGUUUUCUCUCCUUUAAGUGUCAUAUUAGCCUAUGGAAUGUUAUUGGAAGGAGCGACUGGUAGAACUAGAGAACAGAUCAAAGAGGUUCUCCAAUUAUCUUCUAUUGGUGAUCAAAAUUCUGAAAUUUCUCAAGCCGCGAAAAAGCUUCUCGGUGAAUAUAAGUCAAUUUCAAAGAGUUAUGCUGACCGUCUCUUCUCAUUGAUUUUGGGCAAUUUGCUGUUAGUCAACAAAGAUUAUUCAUUAAAAGAAGCGUUUGUCAAAAGCUUAUCGAGAAAUUAUUUCGCUAAAGCGGCAAAUGAAGAUUUUCAAAAAGGAGUCGAAGUCAUGAAUAAGGUGAACUUGUGGGUCGAUAUAAAGACCUUUGGAAAAAUCGAUAAAAUCUUAACCGAGCCCCCGGGUCCUGACACCGUGUGCAUUAUUAUAAACACCGUUUAUUUUAAAGGGAAAUGGCGCAAACCGUUUGAAGGAAGUGAUACAUUUGAUGAAACUUUCACUAAUUCUGAUGGAACUAAAAGUAAGAUUAAAAUGAUGUCCCUUGUCGGUAUGAAAUUUAAAUAUCUGCACAAUUCCAUAGCCAAAUUUAAGGUUAUUGAGCUUCGGUAUAUUGGAAAGGUCAGUAUGAUCUUCAUUCUACCCACUGAAUCCAACACUUUGUCCAAUUUAAUUCCUACUUUAGACCAAACGGAAUUAGAAAGGCUUUUGAAUUCUAUGAUCCGAACGAAGCUUCGUGCUAUUUAUAUUCCGAAAUUUAAACUUGAAGAUACCCACAAGUUACAUGAGAUUCUCCCUCGAAUGGGAAUGGGAUUGCCGUUCAGUGGACACGCAGAAUUUAAAAACAUCACUGAAAAAUCUGAUUUAUUCGUAUCCGAAUCAAUUCAAAAGGCUUUUAUCGAAGUCAAUGAAAAGGGAACUGUCGCUGCAGCGGUGACACGUAUUACUGGCACAUUGGGCGGUAGGAGUAAUAGAGCGAAAGAAGAUUUCAUUCUCGAUCGACCUUUUAUAUUCAUGAUUCGCGACAAACAAACAGGAGUUAAUCUUUUUCUCGGUCAGAUAAAUCAAAUGCCUGAUCUUAAUUAAUC